AUGGUGCCGAGGGUUGGUGUUGUUGUUGUUGGUGCUGCUGCUGCUGAUGAUGCUGCUGUUGAUGCUGCUGUUGCUGCUGCUGCUGUUGUUGGUGCUGCUGCUGCUGUUGUUGUUGGUGCUGCUGCUGCUGCUGCUGCUGCUGUUGCUGCUGUUGCUGCUGCUGCAAAUGUUGGUGUUGCGACGAAUACUGUUGUUGCUGCUGCGGUUGAUGCUGUUGAGUCAUCUGAUGCGGCUGCGACCGACUCUGGCUCAAGUGCUGCGAAUGAUGUUGUUGCUGCUGAUGGCUAUGGGACUGGGCUUGUUGUUGUUGCUGCUGCUGCUGUUGCUGCUGCUGUUGCUGUUGCUUCUGAUGCUGCUGGUGAGCCUGGUGAGAUUGGUGGCUUUGGUGUCCCGGAUGAGACUGAUGCGCAGGAUGAGGAAGUCCCUGGUGCUGCUGCUGCUGUUGUUGCUGCUGUUGGUGAUGAGCAAUCAGCGAGUCAUGCUGAACCGGCUGUGGCAUCGAGGUUGAGAACAGCAUGGGAGAAGGGUUGGCUUGAGGUGCAGGUUGAGGCAUCUGCUGCCUCGGGGGGGCUGCCCGUUGCCGUGGAACAUUGA